AUGAACGACAGCAUCAAAAAGCGGACGUCUUCUUCGCCGACAUUAAAAGAUUUUAAUUUUCUUUUCUUUUUUGGGGACAAUCUCUCUCUCUCUCUCUCUCUUGUCUUUGAUUCUUUUCUUCAUAUACGUUUGUCUCUCUCUCUCUGGUGUCGUUUGUCUCUCUCUCUCUGGUGUCGUUUGUCUCUCUCUCUCUCUCUCUGCGUCGUUUGUCUCUCUCUCUCUCUGGUGUCGUUUUCUCUCUCUCUCUGGUGUCGUUUGUCUCUCUCUCUCUCUCUGGUGUUUGUCUCUCUCUCUCUCUCUGGUGUCGUUUGUCUCUCUCUCUCUCUGGUGUCGUUUGUCUCUCUCUCUCUCUCUGGUGUCGUUUGUCUCUCUCUCUCUCUGGUGUUUGUUUCUCCUCUCUCUCUGGUUGUCGUUUGUCUCUCUCUCUCUCUGGUGUCGUUUGUCUCUCUCUCUCUCUCUCUGGUGUCGUUUGUCGUUUCUCUCUCUCUCUCUCUCCUGGUGUCGUUUGUCUCUCUCUCUCUCUCUCUCUGGUGUCGUUUGUCUCUCUCUCUCUCUCUCUUUCUGGUGUCGUUGGUGUCUCUCUCUCUCUCUCUCUCUCUGGUGUCGUUUGUCUCUCUCUCUCUCUCUCUGGUGUCGUUUGUCUCUCUCUCUCUCUCUCUGGUGUCGUUUGUCUCUCUCUCUCUCUCUGGUGUCGUUUGUCUCUCUCUCUCUCUCUCUCUGGUGUCGUUUGUCUCUCUCUCUCUCUCUCUGUGGUGUCGUUUGUCUCUCUCUCUGGUGUCGUUUGUCUCUCAACUAAACACAUUUCCUGUCCUCUGGGUGUCGUUUGUCUCUCUCUCUCUCUCUGGUGUGUUUGUCUCUCUCUCUGUCGUUUGUCUCUCUCUCUCUGGUGUCGUUUGUCGUUUCUCUCUCUCUCUCUCUCUGGUGUCGUUUGUCUCUCUCUCUCUGGUGUCGUUUGUCUCUUGUCUCUCUCUCUGGUGUCGUUUGUCUCUCUCUCGUUUGUCUCAACAGCUUGUUAAGUAUGCUCCCUCAUUUAUGAGCUCUUUUGAUGAACAAACGGGUUUCUUCAUUAAUUCUAUUGACACCUGCUCUCUUCCCAUGUGGCGGGUGUCCUUCAUUUUCACUCCAUCAUUUCGGUCGCUUGAAUUAUCGAAUAUGGUGUCGACUUCUCUCGAUUUUUCGCUGUCUGUAUUUGACAUAUUUUCCCUUUUUUUAUUUGUAUUAUUUUCUUCUAUCGACACUACCCCACCCCUCCGUCUUGUGGUCUCUCGUCUUGAGCCCCACCCCUCCGUCUUGUGGUCUCUCGUCUUGAGGUCCCCCCCCCUCCGUCUUGUGGUCUCUCGUCUUGAGCCCCCACCCUCCGUCUUGUGGUCUCGUCUUGAGCCCCACCCUCCGUCUUGUGGUCUCUCGUCUUGA